AUUAUAAAAAAUUUUGAAUUUGAUAAACAUAUAAUCUAAAACUAUACUUUCUUAUAUAUCUAAGAUAUUAAGAUUUUUUUACCUAUUAAAUGAAAUAUUUUGAUCAUUUUUUUCUGAUUUAUUUAUGUGAUCAAAAUUUGAAAACGGUCUAUUUAAGAGAAUUACCCUUAUUUUUUCUUAUUUUUAACCUACAUAUUCGUUAGUUUGUUUUUCGGUUGUGGAAAAAUAUUUGACGUUUCAAAGAUAUAUCCAAGGAAAAAUACUAUAAUAUAUUUAAUAUAAAUUUCACUUUGUUUUACUUAUCACUCUGACACUCUUUUCUCGGUUACAUGAAUCUAUACUAUUAAAAUGGAGAAUAUAGUUCUUACCGUGAAAAAGUGUACGCCUUACAAUUUCUGAUUUAUAAUAACAACUGAUUACACAAAUGAAUUCAUAUCAAUUUUACAAAAUUAUUUUUAGCUAAUUUUUAUUAUUUUUAAGAUGUAAAAUUAAUAUUAGAGUAUACAAUAAACAUUGCUAACAAAUCAUUAACAAACUAUUUAAAGUGAUUUAGUUAUCUAAACCGAUAAUAUUUAAUGAUUGUUAUAUUUUGUACUUAAAUAUAUAAAAUAUAAAAUAAAAUAACUUUAUAUAUGGGAAAUUAUGAAUUUAAUUUUGUAUUUUUCUUUUGUUCUAAAUAUUAUCAUUUGUGAGCGGUUCAGUUCGUCUGUUGUUCCAGAUACAUAAAAAAAAAAAGUUCGUCUACUGUUCACAAUAAAUUGCUAUAUAACACGAUAAAAUGUCUACGAAUGGAAUCCUAUCAAGGAAUGAUUUCCCAUCAUCUUACAAAUCAAAUUACAUCUGAAGUUUGUUUGUUACAGAAAAUUAAAAUAAUACUUAGCUGAAUAUAUUGAGAUUCGCGAUACGUUAUUCUUCUUCGUAUAUCAAUUCGCUUUAUGGAAUACAAUAAAAAGGUAUAAAGUCGAAAGCAACAAGACAUUAUGUAGUGGAAUAAUACUUUAUAAAUUCAGAUUCACCUUAUGUAUUUUUUUGGGAUCUCAAUCGCAUUACUAUGAGAUUGAGAUAUGAAAGCAUGCACCACAAGAAAACAUGCCUCGUGAUAGUGUAACGACAGCAAAGCUCACGGAAGUCAGAUUCAAAUCGAACUAAAACUCUUCACAAUUUCUUAUCAAUUAGUAUUCAUUUUAUUAGUAAAGAAUCUACCUCCUGCCUCCUUAUGCAACCAUUACUUUUCUUUUGUUGACUAAUAACUACAAAGAUUACAUAAGUGAAAAAAAGUUUUCGUUGUGAUAUAUAAACGGCCGCAUAACGCCAACUCCGAGUAUAGAUAUACUAGAUAGGUGAAGUGUUCAAUUCUGAUUUUAGUUACUAGUUUGUUUUAAUUGUAUCAAUUAAUAACCAAAACAAAAUAGAUUUCAAUAUUGAUCAGUACACAUGCAUGUAACUUAUUAAUUUGGCAUAAAUCUGGUUUAGUAUGGAUUUGAAAUGUUGAUCAGUUACAUGUAUUUUUAGCUACUAUAUGUUCUAGGACCAUUAAUUUACUAGCUCCCAUUUAACUUCUCUAUCUUACGUGACCCAAUGGUCUUGCACUUCAUAUUCUGUGUUUGGUGGAAAUAUCAUGCAUAGAAAGCCACUCUAACUCACUUUUGCUUCCAAAUUAGCUGUUUGUGAUUUUUAAAUACAAUAUAUGUAUAGCAAAUAUUUUUAAUCCAUUGGCCAGUUCAUCUGUUGAGAUCUUAACAUGGACGCACAGUAACUUUUACGGAAAUAUUCUAAAACCAUCAUUAACCCCAGUUUUUUAACUGAAGUUUGAAGCUAAGAGACGGUUUUUAGUUUUUCUUAGAUUUUAAUUAAGAAUAGUUAAGAAUCGUCUCUUAAAUAAAAGAUGUAAAAGUCAUCUCUUAGUCAAAAAGUAUUUUAAAAAAAUAAAAAGUGUCAAAUCAUAAAUUAAGAACUCCAACUAAAAGACUGGGGUUAGUACCAAACUAAUAAUUCGAGGGUCAUCACAUCACGUGAACGAAUUGGAAAAAAAAAACUCAAAGCCAGACAUUCCUUCUAUAGUUCUGUUGGUUGUUGAAUAGUAUACUCGUAAAAAAUUAUGAAAUCAUCUGCUCGACCUAAAAGUAACCAGGAAAGCCAUUUUAUUAAUAAACAUUACAAGGUUGGUACUUUUUGUCGACCAAAUUAAUACAGGGUUCGUACUUGGUAAUUAACCUUUCACCUUUGUGCAAAUAUGUGGAGGUUACAUUAGAAAUAAACUUGAAUAUAGCUUUCCAUUCUAUAGAACUGGGACAACUGGACAAGUAUUACGAAACAUUUCAUAGGCCUAGCUCUCUCUUUUCGACAAAUAGGCUUAGCUAUUUAAUCUAGUUUAUUGAUUUUCAUAACUAAAUUCCACAUAAAAUAACGAUAAUUUAUAGAGUUAUAUAAUGUAAGUACGUUAUGAAUAAUAGUAUGUGACAGUUGGCAAGUUCCAUGAAUAAUAUAUAGAGUAUCGCAAUGGCUAAAGGUGUAUGUGUAUAUCUCCAAAUCGUAUGUGUGUAUCUCUUAACCUAAGCUUUUGUCUGAUUGUAAAAUUUGUUGACACUUUCAAGAAUCUGAAGGGGGGGAUAGAUCCUAGGAGCGCAAGACAAAUAAUUAUAAAAUUCUCAGUCAUACCAUUUGUGUUUUUGUAGCACCUUCGCAUGUGCACGUCUUCUCGAUCUGAGGUCAGAUCAAGUUGAAACCGGAAUAUAUAAUACACAUUGAAAUAAUUAAAUUAUUUACUAACAAGUGGGAGUCGUUGGUUGCUUAGCUAAUGGUGUGUCUCUACAAUGUUGAACAGGCUUAAUGCAGAUGCUUAUGGUAGAUAUCGGUAAGCUAUGACGAUAGAGCUGAGGUCGCAUACAUUUAAAACAUAAGCACUAAUUGAUGUAUAGGUCAGUAAAAUCAUUAGUAAAUUGUCUCAAUUUCAUUAUUCAUAACAAUACAUAAAUUAUACGUUUAAAUACUUAAAUUCACAAGCCUGACAUCAACCUUGAAACAAGACAAAACACACAAAAUUUAUAUUAUCUUCUGUUUUCUAUAUCAUCAGAGCUAAACAUGUUACCUUUUCUUAUUUCACAUGCAGAGAAACGGUAAGAGAUGUGAUGCAACUAGCUAGCUAAAUUGCUAAAACAUCUGUAAACUAUUCCAUUACGAUAUCAUUUUGACUUGUAAUUAAUGUAUAUAAACAACCAAUUAGAUUUCUCUGUAUUUAGUUUACAAAAAAAGAAAGAAAGAUUUCUUUGUAUUUUCUUGUUUCAUAUUACUAGCAGCAUUGCUUCUUUCAGAUUUUAGAAAUGCCAAAAUAAAACUAACAUAAAACACCAAAAGUGAAGUGAAAUCACGAAAAAGCAAACGAUAAUAAUAAUCGAACUUUCAUGAGUUACAUAGAGUGGCUAAUAAUUGUGAUAUAUACUUGGCAGCUGCCCACAUUUUACAACUAACGUUUUGUAAGAAAGUAACUGAACCUUCAAAAUGAUUGGCUUUAUCUUUAUCAAAACAAAAAAAAGUUUGGCUUUUACUAAUCAUGUAUCAACAAAUGAAGAUAUACAUUGUAGAUCAUUUCUAUAAACGAAAUAGUAUGAUGCAUAUUGAAACUAUGUAUUGAAACUAUUGAAACUAUGUAUUUAAAAUAUAAAGGUAUACGUUUUACCAUCUUAGAAGUACUAAUUAUAAUUAUUGUUUUUCGUUAAUAAGGCUCCGAAUGGUGAUUGCGGUUUGAACGGUGCCGGACAACCGGUUCAACUGCGGUACGGUUUUAACAGUUAUAAAAAUGUAUAGAUAUAUAGUAUAUGUAUAGAUUUUUGUUACUGUUAAUUGCAGGGCGGGGCGGGACGAUGGUCACCAUUCGAAGCCUAAUUACAUGAAAUGAUAUGAACAUUAUCACAAGAAGGGAAACGAAAAAGUAACGGACGACAGUGUUUUGACCUUUUUCCUAAGAAAGCUAAAGUUGAAGCAAGCGCUCUGCUUUCUCUGAGAGAUAGACGCCAAACUUCUGGUUACCACUAAAACAAAAUAAAAAAAAAUGAAAUUGUUUGGCUGUUUCUUUUACAACGUCACCUGCUACGUCAAAACCCUACUUUUUUGGAAGACAACUUUCCUUUCUCUUUUCUUUUCGUGUGUAGGGGUUUUGUUGCCUUUAAUUUUCAGGUCCAUGUGUUGCCUUUGAUUUCAUUGUUAUUUUAUUUUGAGUAUCAUAAGAACAUGAUUAACAGAUAAUUGAUCAUUCAUUUCACCAAUUAUUAUAUAUUAUAGGUAAACCAUUGGAGCAAAACUUAUUUUAUAAUAAAAUUAUUCUAUUUUUAUAGAAAUUAUAUAAGAAAAAAUAAGUAUGGGGUGGAAAUGUCCUCACAUAAGUAUUUUAUGUAAAAAGCAACAUACAAAUUACUAUAGCAUGAUUUUUUUUUUACUAGUACUAUAGCAUUGAUUCAAAAGUUACUUUUACUAUCUUUAUGCUAUUCAUCAAAUUGAUAUUUUUUUUUGUUGAUAAUGCUGGUCAAGUAGCAAAAGAUCUUCUAUCGCUUUGAAUAUGUCUUCCUGGUUUAUUGCUGAAUGUUUUCAAUCUCUAGAAGACUUAGAAGUUGUAAACGAAAGUGGGGAUAGUUUAGUGGUAGUGUAACCGGUUAAGUUUUUUUUUUUGUGUUUUGAUUUUUUUAACGUCUGAUUAAUUAUGCUAUUAUAAUGAUGAGAUUAUUAUAUAGAUGAUUUUACAGCCGACAAUUCUACCACCUUGUGAGAAUACACACAUGACUGCAUCACUUCGAGCCGUCCUAGAGAUUCAUGUUCGAUGGUACGCCAUGCACCAAGCUGAAGAUCUCUUGUAACCUAUUUCUCCAUAAUCUGCAUAAUUUGGUAUUUCUGGGGUUUGAACCCUAGACCUCUGAAUAUAAAAACAUUAAUGAAUUCUUAAUUAAACCACUGAACCAAAAAGGAUUCUACAAACUUUUAGGAGGUUACGUAUAACUUUGCAGAUGUUAAAAACUAAAAUUUUCUGAAGUUGUCAACAUCAUCGUUAAUUAUUAGAAAAACAUAUAAACAUCAACACAAGAUAAAUAAGAAGUUGAAAACAAUUAAAUCCUGUUGCCCAAAAAGAAAAAAAAAACGAAUUAACAAAACAUUUCUCUAACCCUCAUCGGUUCAAAAAAGUAUAUUUGUCGGUCAACUUUGUGAUUGUAUUUUAAAUAUCUUUACAUUAUAGGUCCAAAGGCCCAACAUAUUAACAAAGCCCAUCUGAUUUCAUUUAAUGAUGAAAUAUUCCUCAUCCAGUUUUCCACGUAGCCGUUGAGUUUCGUGUAACACUUCGAGUCCGAAUCCAAUUGUCAGUUUCUUGAAGGGGCAAUAAAGUUCAGGAGUAAUGUUGAGUGAAAAGUUCAGCACACUCGAGGUAAAGCAGAGGGAGAAAGUUCCUCUCUAGAAAGCCCAAGUGAUCAGAAGGUCUUGGGAGUAACAACAUGUUUUUAUUGGCUUUUCUUUUCUUAUAAAUUAUUUCUGAUCACCAAAGACGUUCUUGGAAAAAUAAUAAUCGAAAAACGCGUUUAAUAAUGUCUCCAGACUCCAGUAGGUGUUUUAUGAAUGUAUUAUUCUAACGAAUAGUUAUUAGUUUAUGUUUAAUAAAUUUAAAAAUUACUAUGAAAAAUUAUUAUUUAUGCUUUCAAAUUUUUUAAAUCACAUGUCAAAUUAUUUAUAUUUUAUUUUAUUUUUAUUUUUUAACUUUUAUAAUAAAAAUAUUAUUUCAAGAUAACAACAUAAUAUAUAAAAAGUAUCUUAUUUUUAAAAUUUAGUAUUAUUAAUAUAAAAUAUAUUUCUAUAUAUUAUAAUAAAAAAAAUUAUUUCAAGAUAACAAUACAAAAUAUAAGAAUUAUCUUAUCUUAAAAUCUAAUAUAAUUAAUACAAAUUUUAUUUUUUAUAUAUAGUAAAUUAUAUGUAAAAUUUCAUUAAAUAUAUUAUAUUUUAGCCCUUCAAAAACUCGAAUGGAAAAAAUAAUUUUACAAAUAUUAGUACAGAUUAACGCACUAAUAAGUGUACGCCGACCAACGUUACAUCUACACUGCUGCUUGGAAGCAUGAACAAAUCUUCUGUGUCAGUACGCAAAGAGAAUAUGAACCAAAGUUAAGUUAAACAAUAAAAUAUUAACUGGGACAACUUUACGCUCAAACAAAUAUAUAAUCAAAUGUUAUUUUAGAAGUUAGAACUCAUCCAUUCUUUCUUUCUUUAAAACCCUAAUUGCCAUCUUCUUCCACGGCCGCUUCUGCGUUUAAAAAAUAUCAAGAUUGUAAAACUUUUACUCUUAAUUUUUUGCUAGUGUUUAGUGACUUUUACAACUCUGCUUCAAACUUUUUUUCUGACUCCAUUGAAUUUAUGUAUUUUUGUUCAGGCGUUUAAAGUCUUGAUCCCGCCGCUAUGUCUUCCAUAGAUUACAUCAGCCGUUUACCAGAUUGUCUUAUAAGCCACAUCUUAUCUUUUGUUUCCACUAAAGAAGCUGCUUCCACUUCCGUUCUUGCCAAAAGGUGGAGAUAUCUCUUUGCUCUUACACCUGAUCUUUAUUUCGAUGACUCUGUCUAUCUGAAUCCUGAAAACAAGAGCAAAACUCUUAUGAGUUUUGUGGAUUUUGUGGAUAGAGUGUUAGUUUUGCACCAGAAUGUUCCUUUAAACAGAUUCUCUCUCAAGUGUGAAGAUGUUAUUCAUCCAGCUAUUAUCACUAGUUGGUUACUCAAGGUGAUGAACCGAGGUGUGUUAGAUCUUGAUCUACAAAUCAUAUCUUCUGAUAUGGAUUGUCCUCUCCCUUCUGAGAUGUUUGUGAGUGAGACUUUGGUUAAGUUGUUUAUAAGAGUUUGUGGGGUCCUCGCCAUUGAUAAGGCUAAAGAUGUUUUUCUUCCAAAGGUUAAGACACUACGUUUUGACCAUGUCAUUGUGAAAAACAGUUUCUUUCGUAAGCUCCUGUUAGGUUGUCAGGCGCUUAAGACGUUAGUUCUUAACAACUUUUUUGAGGUUAAGGGUUCUUAUUAUGUUACUCAUAACACUCACGGGACUAUCGAUUUGUUGUUCAAGAACUUUUGAUGUGAACCCCAAGAAAGUGUCGUUUGACACCCCAAAUCUUGUCUUGCUUGAGUAUUCUGAUACUAUUGCAGACAAGUAUCCCAAGGUGGAGUUUAGUUCCCUUGUUGAAGCUAGACUAGAUCUUCGAAUGACGAAAGAUCGGCUCGUCAAGGCAAAAUUUUCAGAUGAUGAUAGAUCACUUCCGGUGGAGAUGGUUGCUAGUGCAACAAACUUUUUUAUGGGAAUAUGCAAUGUUAAGGUCCUUCACUUGUCUAGUGACACUCUUGAGGUACUUACUUACUGCGGUAAACCGAUACCGGAAUUCUACAACCUGGUUCACUUAACCAUUCAGACGGACCUAGAAGUUUCCUGGGGAACACUGCAUGCUAUACUCAAGAAUUGCCCAAAGCUUGAAACCCUUGUCUUUGAAGGACUACAUUAUGGUGAUAUAAAUCACACUCCUUGGGAAGACACUUCUGCAUGGCUAUCAUCAAGUCCAGUAAAGAAGCUGAAAGUAUUGAAGUUUGAGGCGGUCUCUUGUGACAUCGAUGACAUGGAUAGGCAGAUAUAUAUAAUUAAGCACUUUGUGGAAACAAUGCCGAACCUUGAAGAAGUGGUCUUAUACUAUGUUACUCGAGGUGACGAUGAUGAUCCGAGAAUAGUAUCAACUGCUUUUCAGAUGUUUGAAAAAUUAGCCUCAACGAAGUGCAAGAUCCGAGUAGUUUCUGAUAAGAUCACCUUAUCAUCUACUAUUGUGUGCUCUACUUCAGCGACAACUGGACUUCUUUAAACACCUUCCCAGUUUGAAAAGAAGAUUAGCAAAACCGUGGUUGUUAGUCUUAGUCUCGUCUCUCUGUUCUUUCUUGUAAUUGAUGUUGAUGGUGUGCGUAAGUUUUUGAAAACAAGAUACGUACGCUUUCUAGACGUUUAGCAAACUUUUACAAAAACUUUUUGACCAAACAAAAAAUUAACAUUAUUUCAUGGGCAACAACAUCUUAUAUUACAUAUAUGCUAACUAAGUAAACUCAUUGUACAUCAAAAGUUGUGAUCCAACAACUACUAUGAAGAACUGUAUGUAAUAGUGACUUAUUGGCUAGUCAGAUAAUGUAUUUAUGUAAUAGUGACUUAUUGGCUAGUCAGAUAAUGUGUUUAGUGUCUUUUUAGUCUAUAGUCUACUCAACUAGGAGGAACUAAUCUUGAUACAUUGGUUAAAACUUAGGGCAUUUCUAAUCCUACUCCAUUUUUGACUCUAAACUUAAUUUUGGAGUAAAAUCUUCUCCAACUCCACUUUAUAUUCAACUCUAAAAAUGGAGUAAUGACUAGGGUUACUCUAUUUAUGAAGUAAUCUUACUCAUUACUUCAUUUUGGAGUUGAACUUUUUUUAUUUAUGAAAUGGUCUUUAAUGUUUUUAUUUCAUCAUUAAAAUAAUAUAAUAGCAUGAAAAAAUAUAAUACUCCGCAAAAAAAUAUUUAAUUGUUUACAUAAAAUAUGCAUAAACUCAUAAAAGUCAAAACUAAGAAUAAA